AUGUAAUAAUCAGAAAAAUAUUUGAUUGUGAGAGUAAUUGUGAUAAUAUUGUGCCUUUUGUCAAUGAUUGGAUGUUCUCUAAUUUUAUGGACAUUAUUCAAAACACCUAGAUUAAGUAAAAACCCAGGGAGUAUUAUUUAAAGAAUGACCAUUGCCUAAAUUGUAUUGAAAAGAAUGUUAUUAGAUUAUUACAUUUUUGAUGCUAUUUGCUUAAUUUUACAUUGAUAAUGAUGAUAAUAAGAUUGGUGCUGCCUUUACAAUAUCAUCUAAUUUUUGCUCAUUUCUAGGGUUUAACGAGAUAUUUUUCUCAUCUGAAUAUAUACUCUAUAAUGUUUAUUUUCCAAUAAAUCUAUACUUUUCACUCAAAACACAGAACUUUAAUUUUACUAAAUAUUUUAAAUAAAUGGAGAUAAUCUCUUUCAUGUUUUCAUUUGUAUUUACUAUGACAAUGCUCCUCAUACAUGAUAUUAAAAUAAAGUAUAUUUAAAUUAAUAUAAUAUAGUUUUGUUGGAGUAUGUGGUCUAUUUUUAUAAGAGAUAUCUACAAUUUUUGGUAGUAUUUUGGCAAUCAUAACAAUAAGUGUUUUAAUAUUGUUAAUUUUCAUAGCAUCUGAAAAAUCAUCAUUCAAAACUACUCUUUAUAAUAAAGAUUCAGAAAAAUUUCACUUUAAAUAUCAAAAAGAAUUCAAAAUUGUUAAUAUAUUAUAUACUACUGUAUUUUUAGUUACUUAUUUGAUUCCAACAUGUCUUAUAUUUUUGAGUUAAUCAAAUAAUUAAAAUAACAAUCAUUACUAUUUACUUCCAAUUAUCUAUCCUUUAGGAGGUAUAUUACUUUUUUUGAUCAGAAUAAAUGAUCCAAUUGUUAAAAAGUACUUAUAUAAUGUAUUAACUGGAAAGAAGAAGAAAAAUUAAAAUAAUAAAUUAAAGGAUAAACUUUUACAAAAUUAGGAUGUAUUAAUUAAAUUUUAUAUUAGUUUAAUAUAAUUGAAUAGAUUAGUAUUGAUUCUGGACUAGAAAUCAGUGUUUGUAAUAAUAAGAAACUUAGAUAUACAGUUAAAUAAGUACUGAGUGAAAAAUAAAUAUAAUCAGAUAUUACACUUACUUCACAUUUUGGAAGUGGAUUUUAAACUAAAUUAAUUAAGAGUAAUUAAGAAUUAUUUAUUUUAUUACUAUCUAUUAAAAAUGCUAUUAAUUAAUGUAUUUAAUAGAAGUCAUAUUCAUUUAAAAACUUAAAACCAUUUAAUUUUAAUCAUAUUACAAAAUAUUCAUUAUAUUUGUAAGAUGAUUUUAAAGAGAUGGAUUAAAAGUACAAAAAUUUUAAUGUAUAUUUAUUAAAUAAUUAGAAUCUGUGUUUGAAGGAUUAUGUUAAUGAAUUAUGUUAUAAAAGAGUAAUAUAUUGUUAUAGUUAUGCUAGCAAUACUCUGAUUCAUCUUUUUAGUUAAAUGUUAAAUAUUGAUUUAGAUCAAUUAAGAACUAGUUUAAAAAUUGAAUCAAAUACUAAAAAAAUAGUCAAUACUAAAUUACCUUCAUCAUAUGGACCCAUCUUUUUGACUUAUGAUAAUUAUUUUUCGAUUGAAAUUAUUUCAAAAUAACAUAAAUUACUUUUAACAAAGGGAGGAGGGUUGAUGAAUAUUUGUAAACGUUAUCAAAUUGAAUAUAGUAAAUCAAAAAAUGGUAAUACAUUAUUACCUGCUAUUUUGGGAUUGUAUACAAUAUAAAUUGAAGAAGAUAGAUUUAUAAAUGUUGUAUUAAAGUUAAAUUAACUAAAAAUAAAUUAUCCCUUAUAAAUAAAUUAAAUUAGUAUCCCAGAAGAAUAAGAUCAUCUAAUUUAAUAAGAUGUAUUUGGUUGGAUAUAAUUAAGUUUAGAAAAAGGAUAAUUUAAGUUAUUUAUAGCAGAAAAAUUAUUUGAUGAUAAAUUUUAAAUUAGAAUUGAAGAUAAUGAUUUCAAGUUAUCUAAAAGUGCAGCAUAAGAUUUAUUGACUAUUUUAAGUAAAGAUAUUGAAGAGUUCUGUUUUUUUAGAAAUCUAACUUUAUCUUUGGUUUAUUUUAAAUUACCAACAAAUAGAUUAGAUUCUAUGUGUAAACAUGAAAAUUCAUUAUCUUAUCAUUAUUAAUUAAUUAAGAAUAGUUAAUAAAUGACUCCAUUAUAGAUGAAUGAAUAUUUUAAAGGUUUAGGAUAAUUUGAAUUAGAUAGUAAAAUAGGAUUCGUUAGAAUAUAUAUAGAUAACUUUUGGCAAGAAUGGGAAUAUAUAUAAGAGAAUGAGAGAUGUUUUUAUUUUGAUAAACUAACAGAAUAGUUAUCAGAAAUAAUUUGA